AUGGAGACAUGGAGACAAAGUAUGCCCUUUUCUCUGACAGUGACACCAAGCCCUGUGAACAAACCAGAAGGCAGGGCACUGUGCACCCUGCCGGGCCCCGCCACCCCCCUUACCACCCGCCACCUUGCCACCUGCCUCUUCUCCCAGCUGGGCGCCGUGUACACAGAAGGUGGGUUCGUGGAAGGCAUCAAUAAGAAGCUCGGCCUCCUGGGUGACUCUGUGGACAUCUUCAAGGGCAUCCCUUUCGCGGCUCCCACCAAGGCCCUGGAAAAUCCUCAGCCACACCCCGGCUGGCAAGGGACCCUGAAGGCCAAGAACUUCGAGAAGAGAUGCCUGCAGGCCACCAUCACCCAGGACAGCACCUACGGGGAUGAAGACUGCCUGUACCUCAACAUCUGGGUGCCCCAGGACAGGAAGCAAGUCUCCCGGGACCUGCCCGUUAUGAUCUGGAUCUAUGGAGGCGCCUUCCUCAUGGGGUCCGGCCACGGGGCCAACUUCCUCAACAACUACCUGUAUGACGGCGAGGAGAUCGCCACACGCGGAAACGUCAUCGUGGUCACCUUCAACUACCGUGUCGGCCCCCUUGGGUUCCUCAGCACUGGGGACGCCAACCUGCCAGGUAACUAUGGCCUUCGGGAUCAGCACAUGGCCAUUGCUUGGGUGAAGAGGAAUAUCGCGGCCUUCGGGGGGGACCCCAACAACAUCACGCUCUUUGGGGAGUCUGCUGGAGGUGCCAGUGUCUCUCUGCAGACCCUCUCCCCCUACAACAAGGGCCUCAUCCGGCGAGCCAUCAGCCAGAGCGGCGUGGCCCUGAGUCCCUGGGUCAUCCAGAAGAACCCACUCUUCUGGGCCAAAAAGGUGGCUGAGAAGGUGGGUUGCCCUGUGGAUGAUACCGCCAGGAUGGCCCAGUGUCUGAAGAUUACUGAUCCCCGAGCCCUGAUGCUGGCCUAUAAGGUGCCGCUGACAGGCCUGGAGUACCCCAUGCUGCACUAUGCGGGCUUCAUCCCUGUCAUUGAUGGAGACUUCAUCCCCGAUGACCCCAUCAACCUGUACGCCAACGCCGCCGACAUCGACUAUAUAGCAGGCACCAACAACAUGGACGGCCACAUCUUCGCCAGCAUCGACAUGCCUGCCAUCAACAAGGACAAGAAGGAAGUCACGGAGGAGGACUUCUACAAGCUGGUCAGUGGGUUCACAACCACCAAGGGGUUCAGAGGUGCCAAGACUACCUUUGAUGUCUACACUGAGUCCUGGGCCCAGGACCCGUCCCAGGAGAAUAAGAAGAAGAGUGUGGUGGACUUUGAGACCGAUGUCCUCUUCCUGAUGCCCACCGAGACUGCCCUAGCCCAGCACAGAGCUAACGCCAAGAGUGCCAAGACCUACACCUACCUGUUUUCCCAUCCAUCUCGGAUGCCCGUCUACCCCAAAUGGGUGGGGGCCGACCAUGCAGAUGACAUUCAGUACGUUUUCGGGAAGCCCUUCGCCACCCCCACAGGCUACCGGCCCCAAGACAGGACAGUCUCUAAGGCCAUGAUCGCCUACUGGACCAACUUUGCCAAAACAGGGGACCCCAACAUGGGCCACUCGGCUGUGCCCACACACUGGGAACCCUACACUACGGAAAACGGCAGCUACCUGGAGAUCACCAAGAAGAUGGACAGCAGCUCCAUGAAGCGGAGCCUGAGAAUCAACUUCCUGCGCUACUGGGCCCUCACCUAUCUGGCGCUGCCCACAGUGACCGACCAGGAGGCCACCCCCGUGCCCCCCACGGGUGACUCCGGGGCCGCCCCCGUGCCCCCCACGGGUGACUCCGGGGCCGCCCCCGUGCCCCCCACGGGUGACUCCGGGGCCCCCCCGUGCCCCCCACGGGUGACUCCGGGGCCCCCCCCGUGCCCCCCACGGGUGACUCCGGGGCCGCCCCCGUGCCCCCCACGGGUGACUCCGGGGCCCCCCCCGUGCCCCCCACGGGUGACUCCGGGCCGCCCCCGUGCCCCCCACGGGUGA